UCCCAUGCACGGCCCCUGUGGCAGCGGGACUGCCAAGCUGCCUGAGCUGAUGUGCAAAUGCCUCCCUCCAUGCCCCACGAGCACUAGCUGAUGAGCUUGCAUGGGUCUGUUGGGCUGUGCAUGUGCAUUGAGACCUGGGCAGAUUUCAGGCAGCUCUUGGCCCCCUCUGCAGCGGUGUGAAGCUGACGACAGCCUGCGCGGUGAGACUGCAACCAUGGAGGGAUGCACCAGACAAUGGACUGUCCUGAGACAGCAGCUCACCUGACGUCAGGGUGACACAGUACUGCUGUGGGGGGAGCCCUGGCCCUAUGGAACAUGUAGAUAGCAUGAUCUGUGUUCAGGAUGUCCAAGAUGCCCUAUACAGGAAGCGUGGGAGACAGGCUCCUUGACUUGCACUCCCACCAGGUAGUGCUCAGCCCAUGCGGACACUUGAACUAUAGGAAAUGCUGAACAGGGGAAGGAGAGUCUAAAUUUUUGCUUCUACCUGGCCUGGAGUGCUUAUUUCAGAUCCAAAGUUUGGCUUCUUCACACAAUGGGGAUUUGGAGCCUGCAGUGGUGGCUUUGCUCACUGCUGUGGGUUGGAGGGAGCAGAGCCUUCCUUCGUGGGCAGUACCCUUGUGCAGAGCUGUGGAGGAGGUGGGUUUGUGAGGAAGGGGAAGGAAAAGGAUGAGUCACCCCCCUCCUGAUUUUCUGUCUUGAAAUUGGACUGUCAUAUAGCCAGAAAUGCUAAAAGGGAACAGAAACAGAAGCAGGAUGGAGAGUAGCUGCAGCCCAGAGGGGUGGUUUGCACUCUGCUACAUCCGGGACUGGCUAUGCGUUUUAUGGGACUUAAAAUUCAGAAAUUAUCUAGGCUGUUGAAUGUGUCAUAUGCACACAGCAUCUUGUGAUGAAAGUCUUAGAUUCUUCAUGAUAUUCUAAGACGUCUUCUCCAGAAUUACUGAAGUUUUUAUUAGUAAUAAAUGUAAUAAACUCCCCAUGGAAGCUGAGGCAUCCAGUGACUAUUUCUAAAAAAUCCCAAGCAGUCACUCUGGGCCUAGCUCAUCAGGUGCAGGGUGAGUUGGCAGCCAACCCCAUUUAUUCAAAACCAGGCUAAAAGCAAAAUACAGAAUUAUUUUAUAAAAGGCAGGAAAUGGUACUCUCCAGAAAGCAGGGUGUUCAAGAAGGUGAAUGUGGGAAAUUAUCCAGGCAACAGAGAUAACCAUAUCAUAUGGUAAAAGAGAUGUUCUCAGUUUUGAGAACAUUCAGGAAAAUAAAAUGUGAUCAAUGUCUAACUUCCCUGCAUGUUUCAGUGUCUGACCGUGUGUCUCUGAGAACUGCCUGCCUAUCAGUCCCAGAGUGAUUAUCACAGGAUGCCAUGUGACAGAGAUGUCAUCAGACUGCUACUGCAAUGCCUGAAUUAGUCUCUGCCAGUUGCAGAUAAGACGCAGUCUGAGUUACUGGGGCAUCUCCAAGUGAAUGUCAAGGCCAUAGCUGUCCUCUGGCCAUGGCCUCAACUGGCUAAAGCCUCACGUGCUGCUCCCUGCUGCACGACACAGCUUCCUCCCAAAGGGCUCAUCUGCCCACCAAGCUGCACAUGGGGGUCAUUUCUACCCUGGUUCAGACCACAUGGGCUGCAUGAGCAAAGCUCUCCUGUUUCAGGUGUCUGUUUCUCAGUGACCCAACAGGGUUAGGGAUGUGCACGCAAGCCGCUCUGCAGGCAGACCUUGGCAGAUAGGGAAGCAGCUGGGAUGGUAACCAAAGUGGCCAGCACAACCACAGCUGGAAGAGGGCACAUAUCCAUGGGCUUAGGCACAAGAGCUGGCAAUGUAUAAGUUAGGCACCAGUGGAGUAGUCCCAGGAGAGUCCUAAUUUAUCAUCAUGCUGCACGUUGAAAAUGCAUUUGAUGUGGAUCUCUGUCAAGGAGCUUUUUAAGUUCACUUUGCACUGUCAACAGAAACGUAGGCAAAUGUUCAAAACCACAAUUUAUGGAUUUUUGCGCUCAUCCCAGAGACUGAAGGGGUUAGACUGGUUCCUAGCCAAGCUGUUUUUCUAUGUCUUUUUUUAGUCCCAUGCUAAAAAAAACCCACCCGUGCUUGCAAACUGCACGUACCUCCUCCCUGGCAGUACGGAUUUGUGAGCUCUGGUGACAUGAGUCUUUGCAGCCACUGCAUGUUGCCACCAUAACUCCACAUGGGGAGCACACCCAGGGGACUAUUUACUGUUUCACAGAAUUACAGAAUGGUAGGGGCUGGAAGGGACCUCUGGAGAUCAUCUUGUCCAACCCCCCUGAUUGAGCAGGCACACCCAGAGCAGGGGGCACAAAAACGCGUCCAGGCAGGUUUUGAAUGUUUCCCAGAGAAGGAGACUCCACAACCUCCCUGGGCAGCCUGUUCCACUGCUCUGGCACCCUCACAGGAAAGAAGUUUUUUUCUCAUAUUGAGGUGGAACUUCCUGUGUUCCAACCUGUGCCCAUUGCCUCAGUCCUGUUGUUGGACACCACAGAAAAGAGCCUGGCCCUCUUGACACCCCCGCUUCAGAUAUUUAUGAGAUCUCCCCUCAGUCUUCUCCAGGCUAAACAAACCCCAGUCUCUCAGCCUUUCCUCAUAAGGAAGAUGCUCCAGUCCCCUGAUCAUCUUCGUGGCUCUCCAGUGAACUCUCUCCAGUAGUUUCCAGUCUUUCUUGAACUGGGGACCCCAGAAUUGGACACAGUACUCCAAAUGUGGCCUCACUAGGCCAGCCUUAGCAGUGAAGGCUGAAGCAAAGAAGGCAUUCAGUAACUGCUAUCUCUGCAUCCUGCAUCACCAGGGCACACACCUCAUUCAGCAGUGGGCCCACUGUAUCCCCAGUCUUCCUUUUACUACUGAUGUAUUUGAAGAAGCCCUUCAUUUUAUCUGUGACAUGCCUUGCCAGAUUUAGCUCCAAGUGGGCCUUGGCCUUCCUUGUUGCAUCUCUGCAUACUCUGACAACGUUCCUAUAUUCCUCCGAUGCGGCCAGUGCCUUUUUCCACAUACUGUAAACCUCCUUCUUCCCUUUGAGUUUUUCUAGAAGCUCUUUGCUCAUCCAUGCAGGUCUCCUGACUCCUUUGCUUGACUUCUUCCACUGAUCUUGGGCUUGAAGGAAGAGGUACUUGAAUACUGACCAGCUGUCUUGGACCCCCUACAUUCUACAACCCUUAUCCAUGGGAUUCCUCCAAGCAGGUCUUUGAAGAGUUAGCUCUCCUGAAGUCCAGGGUUGUAACCCUACUUGUUUCCCUGCUUCUACCAUGCAGGAUACUGAACUACACCAUCUCAUGGUCACUGCAGCCAAGGCCACUGCACCCUCAUAUCCUCAGCCAGACCUGUGAUUUCACCCUGUCUCAAGUCCAUGUGUAUAACCAGAGUGAAGAGUCUUUGUGAUAAAUGAGGAUCAGGAAGAAGUGGCCAAUGGAGAAGAGAUUACAAAUGUGAUUAUUCAAAGUGCUUUGGGGCAUAGACAACUAUAAAUGUGGGUGGCAAGAAGGUUAUUUGGGAGACUCCCCCCAUCCACUCAGCUGUGGUAAGCAGCUGUGUGAGGUCUCCUACCCUGCUGCCAAUAUGAAAUACAACACAGCAGCCAGAAAGCACUUGAAUGCAUCUGGUCUGCCUGCAUGUGCUGACAGCACAGAAGAGGAAUAACUGAUCUGUUAUACCUACAGUAUGUAUAGAUACCUAUUUUACAACUGCAGUGGACUAGGAGCACCCAUCUGUGCAGUCAGCGUUGCUCUACCAAGAAGUGGUAAAACAUUAAGGGGGAGUAAGGCAUUCACUGCAGCUACUUGUUCAUGGCCUAACAGAGCUAUCAAAAUUUAAGGAAAAUUAGUUCCUCAGGUCUGUAAACUCAUCUUCGAACUAUGAGCUGAAUAAGAUUACGCAUCGAUUCCUAGCAGCCUGCUUACAAUUUUGUUCUUCCUGUGAUUUCUGCAUGAAAAGACUGGCAAAUAACCCCAGCACGUGUCCUCUCCAUAAUUCAAAGAACUACAUCUCUAAUGAUCCAUGUGAAGUUAUAUGGGCAUCUCCUUAUAGUAUUUUGAGCAACCCCGUUUACUGAAAGCACAUAUAUAGAAGUGUGAGCCCAAAUACAGAAAUUCAGAAAGCUUCCCAACAUGCUACAUAGCUGCAAGGCUUCUUUUAUUGGGUGAAAAUUGUGAAAGAUUGUCAUGUGAUUGCUAGCACCACUCCUUGAGCCAAGAACACUUCUCUUUUAAGAAGAUGCAAGAUCUUUCAAUCAGGAUUUAGUUCCCUUUCCUACUACUUGUUGCUUUUCUGUGACUUCUUCAUAAUAGCACUUGGGUGUUGUUUCAGGUUUUUGCGCUUUUCCUUUCCCCUUAUAAAACUGAAAGUUGUGAACAACAGCAAGCAGAAGACGGAAAUACUGAAGACGCCAGAAGGCACACAAGCUGAGGCAAGACAAGAAAGGCAGACAGCCUGGCUCUAGAUCAUUAAUAUUUCUGAAAUGGCGCUAGACAACCUCACCAACAGCUCCUUCAACUGUACGAUUGACAGCUUCAAGCAAGUCAUUUAUCCCACCAUGUAUCUCCUUAUCUUCUUCCUUGGUGCUGUUGGAAAUGGCCUAUCCAUUUAUGUUUUCUUCCAGCCUUCACAGAGGAAGACCUCAGUUAACAUUUACAUGCAGAACUUGGCUGUUUCAGAUCUCAUGUUUGUAAGCACUUUGCCCUUUCGGGCCACAUAUUUCCUGUUGGGAUCACAUUGGAUAUUUGGUGAUGUCGCCUGCAGGAUCAUGACUUACACCUUGUAUGUGAACAUGUACUGCAGCAUUUAUUUUCUCACCAUGCUCAGCGUGGUUCGUUUCAUAGCCAUCGUCUACCCAUUCAAACACUGGAAAAUAACCAACAUGAAGUACGCCAAGAUAACAUGUGCAGUCAUAUGGGUCUUCGUGCUGGCAGCCUCCAGCCCUCUGUUAACCAAGGGAAUCGCUGGGUACAUCAGCCCAGCCAAGUGCUUGGAUCUCCACCCCUCCAACACUCACAGGCUCCUCAUGAUGAACAUCUUUGUCAUCAUUGUGGGCUUCAUUCUGCCAUUUUGCACAAUUAUUGUCUGCUAUGUCUUUGCAAUCAAAGCAUUGCUCAAGUCCAGGACUCCGCAGGGCAAGAAGGCAGUCUGUCACAAGAAGGCACUGUCAACCAUCAUCAUCACUCUCAUCCUCUUCCUCCUCUGUUUCCUGCCAUAUCACAUACUGCGAACUGUCCACCUGAUGUACGGCAGCUGCAGCCAGGGUAAUCUGUCUGUGCACAAAGCACUGGUGGUCACUCUCUGCCUUGCUGCCAUGAACAGCUGCCUUGAUCCCAUCCUCUAUUACUUUGCUGCUGAAAAUUUCAAAGCGAGAAUCAGAAGUUUGUACCGCAGGUAGCUGAUGCAGAAUUGGAAAAUUCUGUAUAUAUGGUCCCGAUGGGACAUCUAGACUGGGUCCAUACUAUUCAAUGGCAGAGCCUGCGUGGUACUAGCCAGCCUGCAGUCAUGCAGCUCAGUGCCAGACACCUCUAGAGCAAAAGUGUCUUGAAGACAACUCGUUGGGGAUGGCCAAAACCAAGGCAGGAUCAUCAGAGAUCAGGUGCCUGGGUGUGAUCCCUGGUCCUCUUCUAUUUAGCAGUGUAGAUAUACCUCCACUGUUCACCCUCCCCAGGACAAGGGAUUGAAAGGGAUUUACCUUGCUACUAGAGUCCAUUUAUUUCAUUUCACAAUACUCAACCAGUGACUUGAAGGGAAACUGCUCACCUGACCGCCUCAGUAUCUGCGUCUGAACUUCUCUGUGCUCCAUUUCCCUGUGUGUGCAGAGGUGCAUGGUGAUACCCAACAGCUUCAUAGCACCCUGUCAGUUCCCUUUGCAAACACCGGCCAAAGAUUUGCACAUAACAGAAAUUUAAAACAUCACUGAUGCUUUCUGCUGAGGCUGACUUGCAAAGCAGAGAGCCAAACAGGACCAAGCACUGUCUCAGGCUGUUCAGAACGCAGUAACAUUUCUGAACUUUCCACUCUGAGAAGGCCACAGAGGUAUUUUGCUUCACUGAUUGUCAAGCGAGAUAAUGAUUUCAAGCAAACAGCAUCAGCAUGGACCACUAUGAGUAAGAUGACUGCUGGCAGUGAGGACAGGAUGCGGGCACAUGGCACUGGGCUGCACCCUGCUGCUCUUCAUGUAUGUGCCAAUUCCUUCCAAGCCAUUGCUACACUUGUUUUUACGCUCAAUGUUGCCAGUGCUUUUCUGAAAGCUGAGGUUAGGCAGCUCAGUCCCCAUGCAGGAUCCAGAGACAAACUUUUAGAAUUAUUUUGGUCCCAAGAGGUAGCUAGGGAGUGGUUUCCUCCACACAGGUAAGCCAGUCUGGCAAUGAGCUGCUGCCAAAGACAUCCCUAAUCCCUCACCUCCUGCCUGCUCUGAGGAGGAAACUGGUCCCUUUUUUUCAUAAGAUUAACUUCCAAUUGCAUUGAACUCCUUGACAUCAAGCAUGCACCAAUGCAAUGGGAAGCACUAAGCCAGGAACAGGAGGAAAGAUGGAUGGCAGAGGAGGAGGAGGGCUGUUUUAGAAAGCGAUGGGGAGCUACACCUAAGUGUACUUUGGAAAAUGUCACCAAAUAGCUGCCUGCAUUUUUAGGUCUCUGGAUAUUUUUCUAAAAUACACUUACUAAAAAUCGUAUUGCUUGCAAUUAAGUGAAAACAGGCUCCAAAGUCAGUUUGACCACGUUUAGGUUUUGGUUUUAAUUACCUUUUUUUAAAAUAAAAAAGGACAAGAAGUUUUGUAAUCUUUUCCUGGAAAGCAGGCUGUCCCGUAUGAAUACUAAAAAAAAUGCUGAAAGCCUUUUCUGCUUGUGAAAUCCACCAAAGGUUUCUGUAAGGGCAGAUACUUUCUCAAUGCUUUGAACUUUUUUGGAUAAAACACUCUAUAAACUAAACAUUAUUGGUCUCAGACAAAAAUAACGGCAACUAGCUAUUUUCAGCUCUGUCUCAAAUAUGCAGAAAACAAUAAUUGCUGGUCAAGUGGAAAAGUACUUAGCAAACCACUGGGAAAGUCAGAUUUUUCUUGGCUAUCUAAGGGUUAUAUUCAAUUACAGAGUCAACUUAUUUCAGUCCCAUAAUGCUGCCUUUGAUGUAAGCACAGUUUUACUGUAAGUCUUCAUUAAAGUUUAAGCUCCAAACCCUUAUUUCCAUAACUCAGUGGCAUACUUGAGAGCUGACCUAAUGAUGCCAUGUGAACUUCUGCAGAGCUUGGUCCCAUGCUAUUGAAGGAAAAGGGAUAUUACUACUGGUUUGCAAUGGGAAUGGGAUUAAGAUGGUAGCCUGCGCAGAGGGAUAGCAGACAAAUAAUUAGAAGGAAGGGGGCAAACUCUUUUUCAAUGGUUUUUCCCUGUCAGAAGUAGACCUGGGCAGGGACAAGUAACAAUCUUGGAGCCUCUGACAAGAUAACCUACACCUUAAAUACUACAAGGGAAUGGAAAAAAUUAGCCACAGUCUACCCUCACUAAUGUGUUUUUGCCUGUAUCCAUCUAAACACACCCUAUUAUCAGAUAAUUUUGCAUGUAGAUGAUAUAUGUAUCUCACUUAUGGAGUCACUUUUUUUUUUAUUGACCAUGUUACAACUUUGUUAGCAAUUGAAUUAACUGUCAAACCUGUGUUUUAAUAAACUAGAUUUACUAGUUGCUGAA